AUGUCUGCCGAUGAAGGUUUAGCAGCGGUUGUGAUUGACAAUGGAUCCGGAAUGGGCAAAGCAGGAUUUGCGGGAGACGAUGCUCCCAGAGCUGUGUUCCCCUCCAUUGUCGGACACUCAGUAAAUACGGAUUCAGACUGUUUUGAGAAAUGUGAUUUUGUGGGAGACGAUAUCAAAGCAAAAAAUGGCAAUCUUUCUCUAAAGUAUCCUAUUGAACACGGCAUUGUCACCAACUGGGAUGAUUUGGUAAAAAUCUGGCGUCACAUUUUCGACAAUGAACUUAGUGUGGCCCCGAAGGAACACCCUGUCUUAUUGACCGAGUCUCCACUCAACCCAAAGGUAAACAGAGAAAAGAUGACACAGAUUAUGUUUGAAAUAUUCAAUAUUCCUGCCAUGUACAUCUCCAUCCAGGCCGUGCUGUCCAUGUACGCUUCCGGUCGUACAACCGGUAUCGUGCUCGAUUCCGGAGAUGGUGUCACAAGCACAGUCCCAGUUUACGAUGGAUACGCCAUAACCCACGCAAUCAUGAACUUAGAUCUCGCUGGACAUGAUCUUACAGACUACCUAAUAAAAAUUCUCACUGAACGUGGCUACUCGUUCACCAACUCAGCCGAGAAGGAAAUUAUCAAGGACAUCAAGGAGAAACAGUGCUACGUUGCGUUUGACCUUGAAGAAGAGAUGGCUUCUUCUGUUUCAUCCUUAUCUCAAGAGAUGAACUAUGAACUUCCUGACGGUAAGGUCAUCACUAUUGGCAACGAGCGAUUCAAGUGUCCAGAGGCUCUGUUUGAGCCAUCCUUUAUUGGCAUGGAAUCUUCUGGAAUCCAUCAAAAUACAUACAACAGUAUCAUGAAAUGUGAUGUUGAUAUCCGUAAAGAUUUGUAUGCUAACACCGUAUUGUCUGGUGGUUCCGCCAUGUUUCCCGGCAUUGCUGACCGUAUGCAGAAAGAAAUCACAGCUUUAGCACCCCCGACAAUGAAUAUCAAGAUCAUUGCACCACCAGAGAGAAAAUAUUCCGUCUGGAUUGGUGGUUCCAUCCUUGCUUCUCUUUCUUCCUUUCAAAACAUGUGGAUCAGCAAACAGGAAUAUAACGAUUCUGGGCCAUCAGUUGUUCACAGGAAAUGUUUUUAAAGAUUGUUAAUGGUAGUUGCAAAAUAUUUUGCUUUAAUCAAACAUGAAAAACUCAAAUUUUUAUACGUUUUGAAAUAUAAAUUUUUAUAUGUUUACUAAAUGAUAAAGUUUUGUAAUUGCUGGACCAAAGUCUAUAAAAAUGGUUUGUUCUAAUUGACAUUAGAUGGUUUAAUUUAGCUGUCGUACAUUUCAUUUUAUGUUAUUACAUUAGUGCCGCUUUAGAAUGAUGAGAUGAUAUCGUUUAGAUAUCUAACUAAUAAAGUUGUUUUCUUAGACUUAAGGUGGACGUUCGGCCAUCUUCUACAUUUGAGAAUAACAAUACAAAUAUUUAUUGAACUGCCUUGUUUUUGCCGAAAACUGACCAACACUGUUGUCAAAAAAUUAAGAAAGCAAUAUAUGAGGUUCUACAUGUCGUUUUCGAUUAAAGGUACCCAUACAAGAGCAGAUUCAGCAGAAUAAUGGCUUUUUAAUCACUUAGAACAGCUGUAGAUCUUUGCAGCUGCAGAC